GUAACCACAGGUUCCUUCACCAGCAUUUUUAAAGGGCCGGGUUGUUUUUCCUGAAAUGAGUUUGGUGCUUAGAAAUCUGCAGCGAGCCAUCCCCCUCAGGAGAGCGCCACUCCGCAAGAAGAUGGAGAUAGUAAGGAAUAUUUUAGGAGUGCAGAAGUUCGACCUGGGGAUCAUCUGUGUUGACAACAAGAAUAUUCAGCACAUUAAUAGAGUCUACAGAGAGAGAAAUAUCCCAACCGACGUGCUUUCUUUUCCAUUUCAUGAGAAUCUGAAAGCAGGUGAAAUUCCCCAGCCAGAUUUUCCAGAUGACUAUAACUUGGGAGACAUUUUCCUAGGAGUGGAGUAUAUCUUCCAGCAGUGCAAGGAAAAUGAAGAUUACUAUGACAUCCUGACUGUGACUGCCACCCAUGGGCUCUGUCACCUGCUGGGCUUCACACACAGCACAGAGGCCGAGUGGCAGAAGAUGUACCAGAAGGAGAAGCAGGUUCUCGAGGAGCUGAGCUGGCGGACCGGUACCAGGCUCCAGCCCCUGAGCAGGGGCCUCUUCUGAGGAUCGAGGCCCAGGACGGCACCCUGGUAUCGCAGGGUGCUCCAGAACACAGGGACACAGUGGCUGGAAGACAGACCCCUCCCUUUGGGCUCUGAGGAUCAGGGACUGCCCCAAACUGAGGGCCCUGCUGGUCACUGCUGUCCUGUGGGGCUGCAGAAGUGCCAGCCCACGCUGGGGCUAAAUUUCCCGAGUGGAACCUGACCAAGUACAAGAGAAAUUUCCAUUCAUUAUUUAGAACACAGCAGACGUGUUCUUUCAGUAUUGUAAAUAAAAUAGUUCUAAACUCUCAG